GCUCGCCCCAAAAAUCCGCGGGGCACAAGUAUAAUUGAUGGGAAAUUGAGGGGCGUCGAGCUUUGCUGGAAUAAAUUGUGUUGUUUUUAGGUUCUACUAUAUGUGGUACACAGGAAUCCCAUAAAUCGUUGCUGUGAAGGGAGCUAUUUGGGGAGUGGUCAAUUGGGAGAAGACAGAUUAAAGAUCUGUUUCGUUUUCGAGUCCUCGCGAUCCAUCAAUCGUACCAAUGGGUCUCUGGGAAGCUUUUCUCAAUUGGCUUAGAAGCCUUUUCUUCAAACAAGAAAUGGAACUGUCUCUUAUAGGUCUUCAGAAUGCCGGGAAAACUUCGCUUGUAAAUGUUGUCGCUACUGGUGGAUACAGUGAAGAUAUGAUCCCUACGGUAGGAUUUAAUAUGCGGAAAGUUACUAAAGGGAAUGUCACAAUAAAGCUGUGGGAUCUUGGAGGCCAACCCAGAUUUAGGAGUAUGUGGGAGCGAUACUGUCGUGCAGUUUCUGCAAUUGUUUAUGUUGUUGAUGCUGCUGAUCCUGACAAUAUCAGUAUCUCCAAAAGCGAACUUCACGAUUUGUUGAGCAAACCAUCACUAAGCGGGAUUCCAUUGCUGGUUUUGGGGAACAAGAUCGACAAGGCUGCUGCCCUGUCAAAACAAGCAUUGACUGAUCAAAUGGGUUUGAAGUCGAUCACAGACAGAGAAGUGUGCUGCUUCAUGAUCUCUUGCAAGAACUCAACGAACAUCGACCAAGUGAUUGACUGGCUGGUGAAGCAUUCAAAGUCAAAGAGCUGAGCACAAGAUUAAGGUGUCUACUGCAAGUGCAAGUGCAAUCUGUUGUGUUAUAGAUUUUUUUGUGUGGGAGUUUGCUGCUAUUGUUGUUGAGUGCACCAAUUUAUAUGUGGCCGAUGGGUUGCUGUUGCCUGCGUCUGCGUCUGCUUCUUUUAUUUGAAGUAUCUGUGUAUUAUAUGUUAACUCACAUUUGCUUUAUAUUCUCUAACUUAUGUCACUCUCUUUCUUUGGCCUUUGAUGCCAAUCUA